CAAAUUUUUGUACACUCGGCCUCUAGUAGGACUAUAAGGAGAGAUUGACUUUGAUGGGACUAAGGCCUGCUGUAUUCCCUGAUGUGGGGAGUAGAGGAAGCAGAUGGAUGUGCAGGGUGGGGAGUGUGACAAACUUGGCAUCUCAAGAGAGAAUCUUAUCAUGGGAUGUACUGUCCUCAUUACGACAGGACAUGAACUUUGAGGACGUGGCCAUUGCCUUCUCUCAGGAGGAGUGGGAGAUCCUUGAUGAGGCUCAGAGACAUCUGUACUGUGAUGUGAUGCUGGAAGUGUUUUCACUUGUAUCAUUCAUAGGUAAGACCUUCAUUUCUCCUAUGGUUUACUUUGACAAGAAUGUGUUCUUAAGUGAUGCGUGUGUGAGAGACCUGUGUUUCAGUGCAAACCCUCACCAGCAACAGAAGGAUGCCAGUGGAGAGAAGCCCUGGAAAGAAGAUAUGGAGAGUGCCUCGCUUGUGAGGAGUUGCUGCUUCUACUUAUCUGGGGUGCCUGCAGCUAGGACGGAGGUUGGGGAAGCCUCCUCAGCCAUCGUAGGGCUUCUCCAGCACCAGGCCACUCUUAACACUAUGGAGCCACACAGUAACAAUGAGAUUUCACAGGAAUGUCUCAGUGGAAAAAGACAUCAGCAGUGGGUUGAAUGUGAAAGAGGUGACAGCCAGAAACAGAAAGUUGCUUAUCAGAAAGGUCUCUGCUCUGGAGAUAUGAUUUAUGAGUAUAAUAAAUGUGGGGAAGCGUGUAGACAAAUGCUUAAACACCCUCCACAUGGGAGAGUUCACACUGGAGAAAAGCCCUAUGAGUGUACUAAUUGUGGGAAGGUCUUCAGUGAAAAAACUGCUCUUAUUAAACAUAACAGAGUUCACAUUAGAGAAAAGUGGUAUGAGUGUAGUGACUGUGGGAAGUCCUUCAGUCACAGGUCUGACUUCACUAAACACCACAAAGUUCACACUGGAGAAAAGCCAUAUGAGUGUAGUGAAUGUGGGAAGCAUUUCAGUGAAAGGGCUGACCUCACUAGACACCACAGAGUUCACACUGGAGAAAAGCCAUAUGAGUGUAGUGAAUGUGGGACAUCCUUUCGUCAAAUAUCUCACCUCACUAUACACCAAAGAGUUCACACUGGAGAAAAGCCAUAUGAGUGUAGUGAAUGUGGGAAGCAUUUCAGAGAAAGGACUGCCCUUACUAAACACCACAGAGUUCACACUGGAGAAAAGCCACAUGAGUGUAGUGAAUGUGGGAAGCAUUUCACUGUAAAGGCUGAACUCACUAUACACUACAGAGUUCACACUGGAGAAAAGCCAUAUGAGUGUAGUGAAUGUGGGAUAUCCUUUCGCCAAAGGUCUCACCUCACUAAACACCACAGAAUUCACACUGGAUAAAAGCCAUAUGAGUGUAGUGAAUGUGGGAAAUCCUUUAGUGAAAUUUCUAUCCCCAGUGAACACAAGAGAGUUCACAUUGGUGAGUAUAGUGAGUGUGGGAUUUCUUUUAGCUACAACCAUAACCUGGUUAGACACCUGAAAUUUCACACUGGAGAAAAGAUGUAAAUGUGCAGGGAAUGUUUUAUUUUUCUCACUAAGAAUAAGAACACUUAAGGGGCUCUAGGGGACCCAUUUACAUGAAUGUAAACCCCUUUAAUGAGAACAUACACUCUGCUAGAUUUGUUAUAAAUUUGAGGUACAAGUGAGACUUGAAGGAACUACAUUGUACUUGCUAACAUGCCCAGACCUACAAUCCAAAUGAUGUCACUGUGAGUGUUUAUCGCUGAAGAAAUUUCACAGCUAACACCUGGCUCACCUGAGGAGUGUGCAUCAGUCACAUUCUCUGGGUGCUCAGGGGAAUGUAUUCUGUGUUCUCACUUCUUCUUGAGGUAAUUAUGAUUCCUCCAAGCUCUUGGCAGUAUCUUCAUUCAUUUCUCUAUGACUAGAAAAUUGACCUGACCCAGGAUUCAUCCAGAGCACCUGUUCUCAGCUAAGAAGUGCUACCUCUUUCAGGGACAUAGUGGUACUCACAUUAUGCUUUGAUAAAUUUUGGGGGUUUCUUAUUCACCAACCUGCAAACUCUGUGCCCUCCUCUGCUCUGGUUUAUGAUCUUUUUAAAGGUGUUUUUAUAUUUGUGUUGUUAUUUAUUAGUGCAUUAUUUUCAACACUACUCUAAACCUAAAUUUGCCACACUCUGUAUUUACCUCCAGUCAUUUUGUAAUAUUUCUGCUUCCCCAACUCUCCAUGCAGACAUUGAUUUAACUUCCUUUACAAUAGAGUAGUUCACAUUUUUCAUAAUUUUGUUGGCACUAUAGGUGAAUUCUCUUUAACAAACACUGGCUUCCUUCAUGCUACACAGAUAGUUUGAGAUUUAACACUAACGUUUAUAUUAAUUGUGAAUUUUUUAUUUCUAGAAAAUAUUGUAUUCUAUGGAUAACCACUUUUACUAUUGAGCUGCCUAUGAUUUCAGUUAUUUCUACUUUUGUUGUUUUAUAAAUAAAACAGCUUGGAAUACUGUA